AUGGCGUUCUCAGACGCCAACCGAGACUUGUACUUGGACCCCACAGAAUACGUGACCUUUGUCAACUACUUGUCCAUGGACUACUAUGGCAAUAUCCCAUUUGAACAGCUCCCAGAAGAGUUGACCACAAACUUUGAAAUAUGGGCUGGAUCCGAUAUGCUCAUGGAAAUUGAAGGGACGUAUCCUGGUGCUACGCCCACGCCACUACAAGCCGAGUGGAUCGAACACAUCUGCUUUGACACACAAACGCUCAUUCACGAAAUCACAACACCCGCGCCCACCACGUUCGGCACUCCAAGUCCUACCACUGUUCCAACUUCCAUGCCCACAGUUCUACGACCCGUCGACGUCCCCUUUGAUACCUGCCGAACCAACAUGGCCGUCUCAGACCUCAGUCAAAACAAUCUACUCGAAAACUCGGAAUAUGUACGAUUCGUCAACUUCAUGUCGGAAAGCCAGUUUCAGUACAUUGAGUUUGAACAGUUGCCCGACUUGCUGCGCUUCAACUUUGUCAUUCUGGCGCAGGUCAUUGACCGAAUCACAGGAGAUCGAUCCAUUGACAUUGCAGGGAGUGCGCCUGGAACGACCAUCGCAGAUGUCACUCCGGACCAACUCGCCAACCUCCAAAAGAUAUGCGAACAAACGCAAAAUGCCAUCAAUUCACUCAACCUGUUUGGAUUGACGUCUCCCACCGUGAAUCCCACGACUGGCACUGCUCCGACAAUCCCAGAACCGCCGCCAACGCCAGUGACGAGACCACCCCAACCCCAGCUACAGCGUCUGCCAACCAGGACACCCCGACCUCAACCCACCAGCUUGAGUCGCCCCAUCACUCCUGCUCCUUCUAUUGAUGAUGUAUCCACCGCCUGGCCCACAAGCACAUAUGCAGAAUGUCGACUUAGCAUUAUCUUUUCCGAUAACAAUCGAGACAACUUAAUUGGUGCCGACGAAUACGUGCAACUGGUCUAUCGACUCUCCAACAACGAAAUGUACCGAUUCGAAACAUUCAACAAUCUUCCGAUCAACAUCAAGGACAACUACUACGCUCUGGCAGCGCAAGGAUCGACCGUGGGAGAAAUCAACAUCUAUGGAGUGUACCCGACACAGGAUGCCACCCAAGAGGAACGAGCCUUCUUGUUGCAAGUAUGUCGCGAUACCGAAAUGGCCAUUGCUCAAGCGCCGACGCCAGCCCCUGUGGUUGCCGUGACAAUGGCUCCCACCCGAGACUUGAGCAAGUGCCGACAAGACAUGGUCAAGAGUGAUACCAGCCCUCGCGACAACUUUCUCACCAACAUGGAGUACACGCGCUUUGUCACCCGUCUGUCCUAUGGGGCCUAUUUGUUUUCCACCUUUGAGACGCUGCCACAGCCCUUACAGGAUAACUUUUACCAGUUGGCCUCGGUGGAACGACCCAAUCCAGAACAGAAUGGAUACGGCACGGCGAUUUACAUUUACGGGGCCAUUGGGUAUCAGAAUCCCGAUGCGAUUCAGGUGGAAUUCUUGAAGCGCAUCUGCCAAGAUACGGAGCUGGCAUUGGAAGCAGCCACGCAGCCCACCGUUCCGACAACGCCACAACCACUGAUGACCCCGGUGCCAACUGUUACCCCGGAAACGCCCAAUCCAACAACACCCAAUCCAACAGUGACGCCUCUGUUACCCACCACACCAUGGCCUACCCCACAACCGACGCUUUCUCUUUCAACACCUUCACCCAGCAUCCCGCGCACAAGCGAACCAACUUCUGCCGAUGGCGGCUCCAAUGCUGGAGCCUUGGCUGGUGGCAUUAUUGGCGGAGUCGUCGGACUGUUGGCGCUCUGCCUUUGCGCCUAUUUUGCCUAUACAUCGUUACAGGGUGGUAACAAGAAAGAGACACUGGAUGGCAAGACUGGGGACGAUGGCAGUGAACGUGGAGGCGACGACAAUUACGGAGGGUAUGGCCAGCCCUCCACUCCAACCAGAAGCGAAGGGCAAGGUAACAUUGGUAUUCCUAUCAGUCCGAUGCCUCCUAGUGGCGAUUUGCUUGGGGCUAGUAGUAGCAGUGACUCCAGUGAGGACGAUGAAAAGGACGAAGAAUCAGACGAGGAAAUGGGCUUGAACGAUCCUUCCGAAGCGCCCACUAAGGAAUACGGUGAAUUCGGCGGGCCUGAUCUGCCAAUGGACUUUGGGAUGGAUCUCGAGGAAGCAACUGCAUCCAGCGGCCACUCUGACGAUGACGAAUCAGAGGAGGAGGACGAGGAGCAAGGUUUUGGAGGGGGUGAUGGCUUUGACGGUGGAUGGGGCCAAGGGAACGAUGGAGGCUUUGGUGGGGGUGGAUGGGGCGCUUCGCAAGACGAAGAGGACGACGAGGACGAGGAAGAUUCCGCAUCACAGUACUCCGAAGAUUUGGAAGAAGAUGAUGAAGACCGCAGCGGUAGCUACGACGAGGACGAAGACCGCAGCGGUAGCGGUAGCUACGACGAGGAUGAAGACCGUAGCUACGACGAAGAUGAGUCACAAAUGGAAGAAGAAUCACAGAUGGACGAAUCACAAGUUGAUUCCGAAGGUUCCGGUGAAGAUGAGGAAGAAGCCUCGCAGUACUCGGAUGAAGAGAAUGAGGAAGACGAAGCUUCCGAGUCGGAAGGGUCAUCUGUCGGAGAGGAUGAAAACGAAGAAGACGAGCAGGAGAAUCGUAAUGUGGGAACAGCAGGAGCAUUUGGAGAUGGCUUUGGCGGGGAUGGUUUUGGUGCUUUUGGAGGAGACGACUUUGGUGGCGGGGGAGCCAAUGACUUCUUUGGCGGAGGAGAUGCUGGAGGAGGUGGAGAUGAUGGAUUUGGUGCCGGUGGUGGUUUCGGCUUUGGUGCUCAGGCUCAAGAUGCAUCGCCUGAAUCUGCAUCUGGAGACAUUGCAAAAGUUUCAGACCGGUUGGAUGCACAAAUCGACUCGGGUGAUUGGGAAGGUGUGGCUCAGUCAAUUGCAAGCUUUGAACACGAUAUCGACGAAGAAGAGUCGGACUCUGAUGAUGAUUCGGACGACAAUGACACAACUACAGAGGAUGAAGAGAUGCGUGCUUCGUAUCGGGCCGAGGUGGAAGAGUUGGUCAAUAGGGUGAUCCCAGACGAAAGAGGCAACAUUGAUGAUAUGAUGGAGCAAUUCAAAGGCCGAGAACAAGAGCUGGUCAAUACACUGAAAACAAUGGAGGAAAAGUCUGGUGUUCCCAGAGAUGUAGCUCCUCCUGCUGCGGCAACGACAGCUGGUCCCGACGAUUCUCCUCCUUCCCCUGGUGCCCGCGGCACGCUAGAGGCCGUCGACGAAGAGGAGGAGUCUCUAAGUCCCAGCAGGCUUCAGGAAGAGGAGGAUGAAAGCCAAUAUAGCGGCAGUUAUUCGGGCGAAGAAGACGAGGAUCGGUCGCAGUACAGUGGAGAUGAAGGGUCGCAAAGGGACGAAGAAGACGAAGAAUCGUCCCAUUUCAGCCGCGAGAUUGAGGAGUCCAUGUCCGUAUUCAGUGAGGCAGAGCAAAGUCAAUACAGUGAAGCCGAACAGAGUCAAUAUACUGAAGCCGAGGGAGAAAGCCAAUACAGUGGUAGUGGUAGUGGCAGUCGCAGCGGGGAGUACGACGAAGAGCAGUCUCAAUCUCAAUACAGCGAAGAUAUGGAGCAAUCACAGUACGACGAUGAACAGUCUCAAUAUGACGACGAGCAAUCUCAAUCUCAAUCUCAGUACAGCGAAGACAUGGAGCAAUCCCAGUACAGCCAAGAGGAGGGAGAUGAAGAGAGUCAAUACACUGAAGCCGAGGGACAAAGCCAAUAUAGCGGCAGCUAUUCCGGCGAAGAGGAAGGUUCUCAAUACUCUGAAGGGGAGGAGGGACAGAGCCAAUACAGUGGCUCUCAAUCUCAAUACGACGACGACGACAAUAAUUCCGGAGAAGGAGAAAGCCAAUAUAGCGGCUCUCAAUAUGACGACCAAGAUGAGCAGUACUCUGGUUCCUACUCUGGCAGUGGUUCCUUCGAUGAUUAG